AUGCAAUACAAUUUGCAUUUAUCUUUGGGAUCUGCAUAUGCCACAAGGCCUAAUUUCUGUGUGCAAAAUAAAUUGCCCAUCUCAAAGGUAUGGAAUGCAUCAAGAGGGAAUCAAACCCCCCAUGGCUCAAACAAGGUUGGUACCUCUAACUAUGGCAACAACCCAGGUUACCAAUACCCCAUUAAUGCACUGAAAGAUAAUGCAUUUUUCAAGCUUUCAAGCCUGACCAAGCUAAUAAAAGUUGGUGGAAGGUUGACACCCUUGUGUAUCUAUGUACCACAGGUCUCGGUCACCUGUGGUCACCCAGGUGGUGACCUCAGGACCUCUCACAUGACCUGUCACACACAUCUUUGGCAUGCUGUCACGCCUCAAUACAUGAAGUGGUGA